GAUGGGGAGCAGCCGAGUCGGCGUGGCAACUGCAACCACAUUCGCUCGUCUCCCUCCUUGCUCCGGAGGGAAAAAUAGACAGAAGAGAAUACACAGGCUCCCGGAGCCUACGUACAGUGAUAGGUUUAAGAUACAAACAAUGAACUAUGAUGCGUUGCGAUGGCCGUAGGCAUCACACUUCUAUCUCCAUUGCCUUUGCCUUCUUCCUCGGAUCUCUGUCUGUACUGGGCCGCCCUUGAUCCUUCCUCCUCCUCCCUCAGCUGUGGCCAGACGGACGCAUUACAUAAAUUGAGUUCUGAACGCUGCAAUCUGGACUGAUUGGAGUGGUGCCAGAAUUUAAUCGAAAGAGAGAGGGAAUGCUAGUUGUUUCCAGAAUAAUGGGGCACGAGAAAUGUGAAAGCUACUUAGUUUUUAGUGGUGAAACUGCGCUUGGAGACUCCUUUAGAACGUUUCUAUAUUUUCUCGGUCUUGCUUAUUGUUUCAUCGGAUUAUCAGCUAUUACUGCUCGAUUCUUUCUCUCUAUGGAAAAUAUUGUUAAGCACAAAAGAGAGGUAGUGGAAGUAGAUCCCAUUACGCAUGCUAAAGUUAUUAGACACGACAAAGUAUGGAAUUACACAAUUGCAGACAUUAGCUUGCUGGCUUUUGGAACUAGCUUUCCUCAGAUAUCAUUGGCCACCAUUGAUGCUAUACAAAACAUUGGAAACCUGUACGCUGGAGGUUUGGGUCCUGGAACUCUUGUUGGUUCUGCUGCCUUCGACCUUUUCCCAAUACAUGCUGUUUGUGUAGUAGUUCCAAAAGCUGGAGAGCUGAAAAAGAUUGCUGAUUUAGGAGUAUGGCUUGUGGAAUUAUUUUGGUCCUUUUGGGCUUACAUUUGGUUAUACAUAAUUUUGGAGGUAUGGACUCCAAAUGCGGUGACUUUGUGGGAGGCCUUGUUGACAGUAAUUCAAUAUGGAUUGCUGUUGAUUCAUGCUUAUGCUCAAGACAAACGUUGGCGCUAUAUUUCUCUUCCUCUUGCAAGAAGUGAGAGGCCAGAGGAUUGGGUGCCGGAAGAGACAGAUUCUUUCAAACAGGAAAGCCAUGACUAUGAGGAGUUCUCUGAGACCGGUCCUUUGUAUGCAAGAGUGCCUGCAACAGACAAUGCUAUUGAAACCAUUGACAAUGCUAAGGAAACAAUGUUGGAUGAUGUUCAUUUUUUUAUACUUUGGAAACAGCAAUUUGUGGAUGCAGUUAUGUUGGAAACAAAACAUUCCAAAAAGGACAACAUCUAUCUCCGCGCAGCUACAAUCUUCUGGCAAUUCCUCCUUUUACCAUGGAGACUUCUGUUUGCUUUUGUCCCUCCAUGUCAUAUUGUUCAUGGCUGGAUUUCUUUCAUCUCCUCUCUACUGUUUAUCAGUGGGAUAGCUUACAUCGUGACCAAGCUUACAGAUAUGAUAAGUUGUGUUACAGGAAUAAAUCCUUAUGUUGUAGCUUUCACAGCACUAGCUUGCGGAACCUCGUGGCCUGAUUUAGUAGCAAGCAAGAUAGCUGCUGAACGCCAAACAACUGCGGACUCUGCUAUUGCAAACAUUACUUGCAGUAAUUCAGUGAAUAUAUAUGUGGGCAUUGGGGUUCCAUGGCUGAUUGACACGGCGUAUAACUUUGUAGCGUAUAGACAACCUCUGCGGAUCAAAGAUGCAUCUGGCCUAAGCUUUUCAUUGCUUGUUUUCUUCUGCACGUCUUUCGGGUGUAUCAUUGUUUUGGUUAUUAGGCGACUAGUGUUUGGUGCAGAGCUAGGAGGGCCAAGGCUCUGGGCCUGGAUUACCUGCGUCUACUUCAUGUUCCUCUGGAUUAUUUUUGUUGUGCUAUCUUCACUCAAGGUUUCUGGGGUCAUAUAGAAUUAUAUUUCAGAUUUUUCAAUUAUAGAGGUAUACACCCAUCUUAUGCCAAUGCCAUUUGCAUCAGUGCAUGAUUUAUACUCUACAUUUGUGCUAUGUCACAUCUUCAGUCGUA